AAAUUCUAGGGUUUUGUUAUAUAUCAUUUCGAACUAUUCUGACCAACUAGCGAACAUAUUUUGUUUCUUCAAUUUUAUAUUUUUAAAUUUGACCUAUAUUGGCUCAUACUUUUAUGUACUUGAUUCGAUAGUUGGUCUAUAUGCAUAGUGGCAUGAUAAUUGCAUGUUCUUAUUACGUGUGCAUCCUGCAAUUUAUUAGGGCUUUCGAUCAUCCAGUUUAUAAAGCAUCUAUGUACCUUUCAUUAUAUAUAUAUGUGACACAAUGUAGUAUGAUCUCCAAACUUCACAAUUCAAUUGUGCAGAAGAUCACAAUUACUAAUAAUUGCCAUUGUAUAGUAGAAAAAUUAGCAAAUGUCUAGUCUCUUCUCCUCUCAGUUUCUACAUAUUUUUUCUGUGUGAUUUCAUGCUUAAUUUGUGUUUGUGUUGUAUCAUAUUGUUGUCAUGGUUCAAAAAAACGCUCGAGGCGUCCGUUUUGAGGCGCGCCUCGAAGCGAAACGUCAAGAAAUCGAAUCUGAGGCGGCACCUCACUGAUUGUUUCUAUACGUAUGCCUCAAAGGUAUGAGGCAGACGUUUCUUGUCGAGGCGGAAUGGAAAUUAAGAGGCGUACAUGUCUUUUUAGGCUAGAGAAUUUAGGGUUUCAUAGGGUUACCAAAGAAAACAGGGUCGAUUCUGAAAAAGGCUUGACAAAAUACAGAGGUAGAUUAAAGAAGGAGACGUAUCUGGCUUGUAGCGAUGAGUGACCAAGAAAAAAUAGGGUUUUAGAAUGGAGAAGAUGAUGGAGUCCUAACUCUUUUAGGGUUACUGAAAAAAGGAUGGCUCUUUUAUUCAUUCCAUUUACAAAAACUUACAUUUGGACCCUUAAACAUUAAACUUUUAUUAUAUUUAACCCAAAACAAUUCUCACAAGUAUAUUUACAUUAGGAAAGUUAUAUGUUUUACGUUUAGUAUUUUAUUUAUAAAAGGUAUAUUAUUUUUAUAUUUAAUUUUUAAUUCUGCCUCGGGCUUACGCCUCGGUUCGCCUCGAGGCUUACGCCUCGUGAAGUGAAGGGAAAACGCCUCGAAACUCGUUUCCUUUUUUUUAAACCUUGAUUGUUGUGCUAUAGUUUAAGCAAAUUGCAUGUUCUUGUUAUUAGGUUUAUUACGUAUGCGGUCCUGCAAUUUGUUGCCUGCAGAUUGUUAGGGCUUUUGAUAUUCUGGUUUAGGUUCAUUUAGUAUAUUUGUGGCACAAUGAUGUGGUGUGAUCUUUUUAAUAUACCACUUUUUAAAUGUGAAAAAAGAACAGUUACUAAUAAUUGUCAUACAGUUAUACAGAGAAAUUGGAAAUGUCUGUGCUGUAUCAUAUUUGUAUCAGUUUCUACACACUUAACUGUUUGAUUUCUUGUUAACAAAGUGAUUAUGAAGUCAUAAAUGUAUGUAUAUCAGUAUAUGAUGAAUCAACAAAAAGCCAUCAAGUUGGAGCAACCAACAAGGAAUUGGUUGGAUCUCCCACCAGAGUUGAUGGCCAAUAUACUCUACAGAAUUGGUGUGGUUGACAUUUUUGAGAGUGCUGAGAAAGUAUGCACUGCUUGGCGUAAAAUCUGCAAGGACCCUGCUAUGUGGAUGGUCGUUUAUAUGGACGGUUCUACAGACCCAAAUGGUAGGCUCCCACUUGAUAAGAUGUGUGAGUAUGCUAUUGACAGAAGCAAAGGCCAACUUGUUGAUAUCACCAUCACUGAAUUCGACUAUGCUAAGAUUCUUGUAUACAUUGCAGAAAGAUCUAGUCGUCAACUUAGACGUCUCACUAUGGCACGUUGUUAUGAUAUUGAUUAUAUGGAUGGCAUCUGGACCAAAGCUUUGAAGAAACUUCCAUUAUUGGAGGAACUCAGCCUUUAUGAAACAAAAAUAACGAGAAGAGGUAUUAAAACUGCUGGCCGUUAUUGCUCCAUGCUUAAAACACUUAAAGUGAAUCAAGAAGAAUACAGAUUAUGGGAUGAGUAUGGUUAUAGGGAAUUUAAGGCUAAAAAAAUUAUAAAUGAUAGGGUAGCUAUGGCUAUUGGGCAAAACUUACAUGAGCUAAGGCACCUUGAACUCAUCGGGAACCCCAUGUCGAAUAAAGGGUUGGGGAUGAUUCUGGAUGGUUGUCAUCACCUUGAAUCACUUGAUUUGCGUGCGUGCUUCUUCAUAGAUCUUGAUGGAGAUUUAGGGAAACGAUGUUUACAACAGAUUAAACGUGUAAAACUCCCCUAUGAUUCUCUUGAAGGAUGCCCAUUUAUAUAUCAAAAUGAUGGCAUGACAUGUGAUGCUGAUGAUGAAUGAAGGCUGUUUUUCUUUUGAAGGUGUAGUUGCUGCUUGCAAGAAUAACCUUUUUGGCCUUUCUUCAAUAAGACAACUGUAGUUAAAUUUCAAUUGUGACUCAUUGCCACUUUUGUGCCUUUAGGACUGACCAUAUUUUUUUGGGAAUUAUCAUAUCUUCAUGCAAAUGUUUUUCUUUGAUUGUUUUCCAAACAUGGUCUGCCACAACAUA